UCGUGGAAGACCGAAUGUAGGGAACCUCGCUGGCCAGGCAGGUCCCCAUCAUCAGGCUAACGUCAACACGCCUUCAACGUCAACCUUCAACCAGGUGGCCCCCACUACAGCACCGACUUAUAAUUUUCGCCCCUCAACGCGAUCGGGCAGAGGACACAGAAGGUUUCAGGCACAAUUGAGCUGUCCUGUGGCUCAGUCUUUUACCAAAGAAGUAAUUCUCCUGCCAGACCAUAAAUCAACAAAUGUACCAAGGCGUGCCAGCAAAGCUUGGCUUUUUGAAAAGGGACAUAUUAAAUCUGCCCUGGAAUUUCGCUGUGACUGGGAUUCCGGAAGAGUGUUGCAGGCAAUAACGGUGGCCUUCCAGCCAAUUCUGGAGGGCUGCAGGUUGCAAAUCUUGAUGCCUUGUCACAACAAACUAGUCGAGCCAUCCCUAACCUCCAAUCAAAAGUUGAGUGGAGGCCUUUUGAAAAAACUCUUCCAUCAAAAGUCCAUUUACGUCAGGCCUGACAAGGUCAUUUUGAGUGAGGAAAACCAAUCUCCAUCUUCUGAGGAAGACAGCCAUGCAGAGAGCCUUGAUUUUGCUCAAAUGUCAGACAGUGACAAAUGUGUCAUUGGUAGUGUAGGUGACAUUUCCAAAGAAGUUGUCUCAGCUAUCUCCACUGUUGAGGCCCAGUCCCUCUUCAGAAAUAACCCUUCCAUCUCCAGUGGUGAUCAAGUUAUCUGGUGUGUUGCUACCGAAGAUAUUUGUACCGAUGCACCUUCCGUCUCAGCUGACACCGCCACCAUGUCCACUAGUCCUCCUGUCAUCGCUAUUGAUGAUACCCUCAUCCUGUCCAGUGGAACCUCUGCAGUCUCCAGUGGCAACACCUCUGGUGUGUCCCAUGGUCCCCAACCAUCUGGCAACAUUUCAUCCAGCACAUCCUACAGUACAUACCUGGACCUAUUUGAGGAAGAAUACCUCUCUGAUGACCAUGAUCUCCAGGAAGCCAUUUCAAGGUCUUUAGAUUCCAGUUCAAGUGAGAGUGAUUUAAAGGUGACGUUGGAGAGAAUAAUGGAGCGGAUUGCUUCUCGAGUAAAUAAUGACAGCACUAUGCGCUUCAAUAUUGUAAGAAGAAAUGUGUGGGAUGGAGCAUCCAGAGCCAUGGGCAGAUCAAUUUUUCACCCGAGAAGAAGGUAG